CGGGUGCGGUUCGCGCCCAGCCCCACAGGCUUUUUGCACUUGGGCGGCCUUCGUACUGCUUUGUACAACUACAUUUUUGCCAGAAAACACCAAGGGGCUUUUAUCUUGAGAGUGGAAGAUACGGAUCAAAGUCGUGUGGUGGCUGGCGCUGCAGAAGGAAUAGAGGAUAUGCUGAAUUGGGCAGGAAUCCCACCUGAUGAAAGCCCCCGCGAGGGAGGCCCGGUCGGGCCCUACCAGCAGUCAUGCAGACUUGAGCUGUACAAGAAAGCCAGCGAGGCGCUUCUGGAGCGCGGCGCUGCCUACCGCUGCUUUUGCACCCCUCGGCGCCUGGAACUGCUGAAGAAGGAAGCGCUACGGAAUCGACAGACACCACGCUAUGACAACAGGUGCCGCCACCUGAGCCCCAGGCAAGUGGCUGAGAAGCUGUCGCAGGGCUCUGACUACGUGGUCCGUUUCCAGCUGAAGGAAGGUGCCGAGCCCUUUCAUGAUCUGGUCUAUGGGUGGAGCAAGCACGAAGUGGCUGCUGUGGAAGGGGACCCGGUGAUCCUAAAAGGGGACGACUUCCCCACGUAUCACCUGGCCAGCGUGGUGGAUGACCAUCACAUGGGAAUCAGUCACGUUCUGCGUGGGACCGAGUGGCUCACUUCCACAUCCAAGCACCUUCUUCUCUACAGAGCCUUUGGCUGGGACCCGCCGCGGUUCGGCCACCUUCCCCUGCUCCUGAACAAGGAUGGCAGUAAACUGUCCAAACGGCAGGGAGACGUUUUCCUGGGGCAUUUUGUUCAAGACGGCUGCUUGCCGGAAGCCCUGCUGGACAUCAUCACCAACUGUGGCUCUGGAUUUGCAGGGAAUCAGAUGGGCAGGACGCUGGAGGAGCUCAUCUCGGAGUUUGAUGUGGGCAGAAUCACCACCCACUCAGCCCUGCUGGAUCUUGACAAGCUCCCAGAAUUCAACAGGAUUCACCUGCUCCGGCAGGUUGGAGAUGAGGGGCUGCGAGGCCAGCUGAGAAAGGGUCACAUAAGCAGCCUGAAGAACCUGGUGGCGCCUGAGUAUUCUUACUUAUGGGUCAAGCCGUCCGUGUCCCGAGAGCAGCUGCAAAGUGUCUCAGCAGAAGCAGAUGAGAUAGGAAAGCGAGUGAUCGGGCUGAUGGAAGGGCAGAUGGGUGCUCUGACUACAGAAGGGCUGAAUGAAGACCUGAGAGGCCUGGAGGAGCAGAUGAGAGGGACCAAGUACAGCAGCAUGAUGAAACUCCUCCGCUUGGCCCUCAGUGGGCAGCAGCAUGGACCCAGCGUUGCUGAGAUGAUGGUUUCCUUGGGACCCAGAGAAGUGUGUGAACGGAUUCGGAAGGUUCUGUCCAACUAGCAAGAACUUUCCCAGGAGGAAUGACCCCAGCAGACCGCACUCCCCUCCAGAUACUCCGAGCCCUCAGGACCCUGGUCUCAUCUUUGUGGUCCGUAUUUUAGAGGAGCUGGAUCUAGGGGAUGCAGUUGAGUUCAGAUUCAAAUCUGCUUCGUUGUCUACUUCUCGUGGGACCAGGCUGGUGUUCACAGUGGGACCUAGAGGUCUUCAUCUUCACUGUAUGCGCAAGUCCAGCCUGGCGUGGCAGGGACUGAAAGUGGUUACUUCUGAUGGCUGCUUGAUUUCCUGCAAGCCAGCAGCGCAGCGAUCGCCUCCUGGAGCAGUGUCCACGUGACCCAGACACCAUCCCAGUGGAUGCCAAUUCGCCCCCAGCUGGCAAUCUUAGCAGAGAAGUCACAUGUAAAUAGGCAACCGAAGGGUGAUCCCCUCAGCCGUACAAAAUGCCCUUGCAGGUCUGGCAUUGGGUGCAUGUUGGUGGCAGGCUGUUGUGGAGGGAAGUGUACACUUUCCAUAUCCCCAUGACUCGAACUUUUCUUUCCAACAUGGUAACUCCCACAUUUCACAUGAGUAUUUUAUUCUCCUUUUUAAAGUCCCGGAUGUUUUUGGUUUUGAACUGGAGCCAUCAAAAGAGAAUCGAAUAGCAGUUGCUGUGCUGGCAUAUCAGUGUAUUUGGUCAUUUCUACUAAGCAAUUUAAUUUGCAAACCCUCUUUUUUUGGACAAAUGCACUUUCAUUUUCACGUGAAAUUGGGCUGCUGGAUCCUUUCCUUGCAGAGACUCCUACCUGCCUCCCCACAAAACCCCUUCAUGAGCGUAGGAGAGAGAAGCCUGCACAUCUGUACAGCUGUGUCUAAAUGUGAAGUGGGUGUGUAACUCUUUUUACAAUAAAAAGCUGUGAAUGUUUCACUGGG